AUGAAUUCUAUACUAAAAGGAGAAUAACCAUUUUUUGAAUAACAGCGAAGAUCAACUAUAAGUCCAGAAAAUGGGAAACAAAUUUAAAAUAUACUUCAUCGCAAAAUCAAUUAUUCUUAGGCUGAUUUGAUUACUCCUAUUGCAAUUAAAUAAAGUCAUAAAAAAUAAGCGAUUAGUCAAGGAUUGCAAUAAUUGCUUAAAUCUAGUCCUUAUAGCAAAUUAGUAUCCUAAAAAUCUUAACAAUAAUUACAGUAUUAGGAUAGUUUUUCUUAAUAACAUCUAAAUGGUUAUACUCCCAAUUAACAAUAAUCUUAGUUGUUGUUUAAGCCGGAUGUCAGAACACCCUCCUUAAAUUCUACGAAUUCAAGUAGUAUAAAGCCUAGAAUGCGGAACCAAGCCAAAGAUUCUUUGCAAAAAAAAUCAUUUGAUUCUCAAAAUGCCAUUUCUUAUAGAGAUAAAGAUAAGUAAACCAUUUCUUAACUUUAAACUAUCAUAUAGAAAACCUCUAUCGUGUUAUAAUAGUACAAAGAGGAACUAUAAAAAAAUGUUUAAGAGAAGUAAGAUUUAUUAAGGUAAAUCCAGAUCUUAGAAUAAAAUAAGACAAAAAAAUGA